CAUCUUACCUUCACCAAAAACGCGUACCAUGAGUUCCUCGAACCAGGACCAGAAUGCUUUCUACUACGAAUGGGACUCCGGCGCACAGCUUCUAGAGAGCGAUCCCAAUUCGUCGAAAACCCCUCGCAGAGUGCCGAUGGCUUGCACAUUCUGUAGAAAACGAAAGCUGAAAUGCGAUGGCCGAAAGACGUCAUGUGCGAAUUGCGAACGCAGAGGAAUUCCAUGUUCCUACGUUCCCGUGGCGGAAGAUAAUAGAUGACUCCACCGAUGUCCGAGUAUAUGUUCCCGCGUGGGGAAUAAUUUGGACGAUGCAAC